AAACCAAAGGAAGAAACCCAAGGAAGAAAAGAAGGAAAAGAAAACCAAAGGAGGAAGAAGAAGAAGAAGUCACUUGAUUGUUGUUGUUGUGGUGAGCCAGAGCCACGGGCACGGCUCCUCCUCCGUCCUCGGCUCCCAGCAUGUCUCACGAGGCCAAGGAAGUCACGAGGAGUGAGGAAGAGUGCACAAAGGAUUGUGGGGACAGCAAGACACCUUCAGACAAGCCUAGUGAUGCAAACAAUGGUGCACUUAAUGAAGCUCAUCCGCAAAGCUCAGAGGAAGCCUCGCACAGUGAUACACAAGAAGACAUACCAAGCACUCAGUCUGAGGGGCUACCCACUGGCGAAGGAGUAAGCUUCAAGUUAGUAUACAAUAAGACAAAAUAUGAUAUAGAAUUUCCUUUAGAUGGAACAGUCAAGCAGCUAAAGGAGCACCUUAGUUCUAUAAUAAAUGUACUCCCAGCAAUGCAAAAAGUAAUGAUCAAGGGCCUGGCUAAAGAUGAGAAGACCUUGAAGGAGCUUGGAGUGACCAAAGGCUCAAAAGUGAUGGUAGUGGGCUCUAAGCUGGAUGAUGUUGUUAGUGUCAACACACCAAAGUCAGAGACCCCAUCAUCAGAGAAGCCGAGCACCACCACCUCAAGUAAGGAGCCACUGUGCAGACAAAAACUCCAUCGCAAGAUCAUUGACAAAGGAGUGCCCGAGGAUGCCAUGCCAGGGAUUAAAAACAGCAAGGAUGUAUUGCCAUCUUACCCACUUUCUGGGAUGCUCAAUAAACAUGGAGGAAAAGUGCGUCUCACCUUCAAGCUAGAACUUGACCAAAUCUGGAUUGGCACAAAGGAGCGCACUGAGAAGGUCAACAUGAACCACAUCCGUCAGAUUGUCUCGGAGGCGAUAGAAGGCUUUGAGCAGUAUCACAUUAUGGGCUUGCAGCUUGGACCAACAGAGGCAUCAAGAUAUUGGAUUUAUUGGGUGCCUGCACAGUAUGUUGAUGCUAUCAAAGACACAGUUUUGGGCAAGUGGUAAUAUAUCAGACCCUCUAAAGUUAUAUCCACCACUCAUAUAUUUUGUUAAUAUGAACUUGUUUGUAUACAUAUUUAUCAGCCUUUAUAUAUGGAGCAUUCUAAACUAUGGAAGUUUGUUGGGCUGUUCCAUGCUACACUUCAUUCAUUUCUGAACUGAAUCAUUACAGUUUUUGUUAUGUAUGUACCACAAUUGGUCCUUUAAGACUUGCAUUACAUAUCUGUAGUCUAUCACUUUGCUUAUUGUUACUGUAUUAGGCACCAGCUGCAAUGGGGAGUAAAGAGAAAAUAGGAUUAUGUUUGUGAUCAUUGAUACGUAGAUAAGAGACAGUGUCUGAGAGACACUUUACACCCUCUUUUAUCACCACAUGUUAGAAGUGGCAAGGCUUUGCUCACUGGUUUUGUUCAAACUCAUUUUCUUUUUAACAUUUUCAAAUCCAUUGUACAAAGGAUAUGAAUCUAAAUAAGUUUAAUAUGUGAUAGCAGUGCUUACGUAUAUGAAUUAUAAGAAGAAUCCAGAGGAACUAAUAUCAAAUGACCAGCAAUCAUCACUAUAGAGUAAUAGUUUGCAUUUUUUUAAGCUUCAGCCUAUUCACAGCAUUGUUAUUAUCUCUCAAAUAAAGAUCUUCAGUUUC